AAAACAUGGCCACAAGCUUUUGAUUCAUCCUGUGUUUGACGAAGCCAAAUUGUAGGCAUGUGCGCGUUCUACACCAGUGUCACUUGAAGUAAAGCAGUGAGGAAUGAGUUAACAGUACUAGCGCAAGGCACCAUGGGGAGAAAGGGUGUGGAAGUCGCUUCCUCUAGCAAGGUUAUCCCUCACUGCCCCGCCCACAGCAAUCAGACAGAGAAGCACAGGCACAAGUCCUCUUUUACUUUUUGCUGUGGCAAUAUGAGUUUGGAAGCUGCACUUAUUGUGGAAGCUGCAAAUUUUGCUGCAGAGAAGCACAAACAACAGAGAAGAAAGGACCCAGAGAAAACCCCGUAUAUUAACCACCCAUUAGGUGUCGCAAGAAUACUGUCUCACGAGGCUGAAAUAACAGAUACAGCAGUGCUCCAGGCAGCUCUGCUUCACGACACUGUAGAAGACACUAACACUACUUUUGCAGAAAUUGAGUUGCAUUUUGGACAAGAUGUACGUAACAUAGUAGAGGAAGUGACAGAUGAUAAGACUCUACCAAAGAUGGAAAGAAAGAAGCAGCAAAUUGCACACGCACCUCACUGCAGCCACAAAGCCAAGCUAGUGAAACUAGCAGACAAGUUAUACAACCUGCGAGACUUGAAACGCUGCACACCAGAAGGCUGGUCAGAAGAGAGAGUCCAAGAAUAUUUCCAAUGGGCAUCUGAAGUGGUGAGAGGACUACGAGGUACAAAUUCCAUUCUGGAGGCAAAACUAGACCACUUGUUUAUAGAUCAAGGCAUUGCAGUCUAAUCCACGUUAUAUCUCCAGUUUGGAAAUGAUGGACUUGUUAAACUUUAAACACACUGCUACACUGACGUUGGCUGGCAGCUGGAAGACUAUGAGGCAUCCAUCCUUAAUUUAAAGAUUUAAUUUCUACUAAUUAUAUAUUUUUUAAAGUGCAAAUGUAACCACUCUUGUAUUGUACAUUUUGAUUUUGGGGACAUUUAAUUGAUUGCAGAGCUGUUUACCUGGACAUUUACAGUGUUUUGUAUGCUAGGAAAUCUUACUUCUGAUUGGGAAAUUAUUUUUUCUCGUUUGGUUAAAACCUGUAUACUGAUUACAUAGUAGAUAUUACAUUUUAUGUUACAUUUUUCAAAAUGCAAGGUGAUGGAAUUAAACUUCUCUUCUGUUUUA